UCCGCGUCCUCCCAUGUAACUAAUCCACCCUCGAUUCUCUCCUCACCACCGCAGACGAUGCGCGCAUACUACUUCGACAACGUCCCCGGCGACCAGCGCCUCCCGCACGACUCGGGCAAGAGCGUCCUCCUCGAAAAGCUCUCCGCGCUCGGCGUGCACUACUGGUCCAUCCCCGUCUCGCCCAGCGGCGAGCCCGACGAGGAAGCCGUGGAUAGGAUCGCGAGGGAGAGGGACUACAAGAACCGCGAUGUGAUCGAUGUGAGCAGGCAGGGGCUGGGCGCGGCGUACGAGAGCAAGAUCAAGAUGUUCUUCGAGGAGCAUAUGCACGAGGACGAGGAGAUCCGGUACAUCCUCGCCGGCAGCGGCUUCUUCGACGUGCGCGAGCACCCGACGGACAACUGGAUCCGCAUCGCGAUGCACCCGGGCGACAUGAUCGUCCUUCCCGCCGGCAUCUACCACCGCUUCACGCUCGACGAGGCCGACCGCAUCCGCGCGAUGCGCUUGUUCAAGGACGAGCCCAAGUGGACGCCGUACAACCGCGGACACGAGACGGACGCGAACCCCAUCAGGGGCGAGUACCUCCGCGCCAUCGGCGUCGGCGCAUGAAUAGCGGUGCGCGAGCACUGGCGGUUAGUAUGUGGGCGUUCAAAGAGGUCCGUGCAUAGAGGGAAGAUGAGGGAAGGCGAAGAGAUCAGAUGAGAGACGAUGUUUCGGUGCUGUGAUCUUCGGCGAGUCGAAAUCUAUCUGACGUUAUCGGAGGUGUAUCUAUGCUCGUCUUUCCGAAUCUCAAUGUUUCCCAAUAGCUAUCCCCACAAA